CUCUUGCAUAGCACAUACUCCUUCAUUUUUUUUUCAUACGCAUUUCCAUUUUCCCUCUCUUCAACUGCAUUCCUUGCCUAUCUGCUACGCAAUACUUUCAAUGCAUGUGCAGACUAUUUUCAUAGCUAUCCUGCUAUCCCUGCUUAGUUUCUUAAGCGUCGCUCAGGCAGGCUACUGCAGAGCACAGCAUAUCCUCGAAGCCUGCCUCGCACAACAGACACGGCAGUUCAAAAUGUGCGAAUAUGACAAUUGGGACUGCAAAUGCAACAGCCAGAAGAAGAUCCUGACCUGCUACGACAACUGCCCGGACUCUGAGAGCCGCACGACGCAGGAAAUGCAGGUCCAGAUCUUUUGCGGCGCCGCGCGCGGAAAGGAUUACAAUGAGGACCUGCUUGAGCAUAUGACUAAGCCGGCCAAGGCCGGGGUCGAGCAUCCGGCUAUUAGCUCGACCAAACCUGCUCCACCGCCACCACCGGCGCCAAAGCCUGCUCCAACCACUGCCGAUCAGGAUGAUGAUAUGGUGAGGGACUUUGGUGGACUGAAGCCUGCAAGGGGUGGGCGGGGGGUUGGCCCGAAUGGGAACGGCGGAGUGGUGCUGGUGAACGAUAGUGCAGCGGCGAGGCAGGCAGCUGUUGGUGUGUUGGGUGCAGUUGUCGGCUUGGCCACAUUUGCUCUAGCCAUUUGA